UUUCUUCUAUCGGGAUCCUUCAGUUAUGGUAGAUACAUGGUUUAUCAAACGAAGAUGGAACUUCGGAAGCUCAAUUUUCUGAACCUCUACUCUCUGGCUAUAGUGAGCACGCUUGUAUGUAUGUAUGCUUGUAUGUAUGUAUGUAUGUAUGUAUGUAUGUAUGUAUGUAUGUAUGUAUGUACGUAUGUAUGUAUGUAUGUAUGUAUGUAUGCAUGUAUGUAUGUAUGUAUGUAUGUAUGUAUGUACGUAUGUAUGUAUGUAUGUAUGUAUGUAUGCAUGUAUGUAUGUAUGUAUGUAUGUAUGUAUGUACGUAUGUAUGUAUGUAUGUAUGUAUGUAUGCAUGUAUGUAUGUAUGUAUGUAUGUAUGUAUGUACGUAUGUAUGUAUGUAUGUAUGUAUGUAUGCAUGUAUGUAUGUAUGUAUGUAUGUAUGUAUGUACGUAUGUAUGUAUGUAUGUAUGUAUGUAUGCAUGUAUGUAUGUAUGUAUGUAUGUAUGUAUGUACGUAUGUAUGUAUGUAUGUAUGUAUGUAUGCAUGUAUGUAUGUAUGUAUGUAUGUAUGUAUGUACGUAUGUAUGUAUGUAUGUAUGUAUGUAUGCAUGUAUGUAUGUAUGUAUGUAUGUAUGUAUGUACGUAUGUAUGUAUGUAUGUAUGUAUGUAUGCAUGUAUGUAUGUAUGUAUGUAUGUAUGUAUGUACGUAUGUAUGUAUGUAUGUAUGUAUGUAUGCAUGUAUGUAUGUAUGUAUGUAUGUAUGUAUGUACGUAUGUAUGUAUGUAUGUAUGUAUGUAUGCAUGUAUGUAUGUAUGUAUGNAUGUAUGUGUGCAUAUAUGCAUGUGUGCACGUUUGUGA